GCUUUUUGCUACAGCCAAGUCAGAGAUAAGCAUCUAAAUUCGUUAGUAAUAAAUCAGAUAGAGUUGAGCACAUCACAUUUACGUCUUUCUUGAGUGUGUUGUUUUAUAAUUAUUUUUAUAAUCAAAUUAUAAAUACACCAAUAUGGAUAAGAAAAGACCACUGACUGGAAAACAACUUAAUUACUAUAUUAAUCUAAGUGAUUCAGAAUCCAAUGAGAUUUUUGGCGAGGAUGGUAACAAUAGUAGUGAUUAUGUACCUUCUGAGGAUUCAAGUGAGGACAGUGAUGAUGAAGUCGUCUCUGAACCUGAAGGCAAUCAUGAUGCUUCUCAAGCAACCACAUCAAAUCCAAACAAUAAUUUGUGGACAGAAAAUCAACAACAUCCUGAACUAUUUAUUUUCCAAGAAAAUAUUGGUUUGAAAUUGGAUACGACAAAUCUUACAGUGCAAAUGCUGGUGGACUUAUUUUUUCAGAAGAAUUUGCAUUACUUUUUCAGAAGAAUUGCAUUACUAGUCGAACAAACAAAUUUGUAUGCUGCACAUGAAAUUGCAAAACAUAAAGAAAUAAAAAAAUCUGAAAAGGUAUUACAAUGGAAAGACGUCAGCACUGCAGAAAUAAAAGUUUUUAUUGGACUUGUAUUACAAAUGGGCCCUUGUUCUUUUCCUUCAAUAGAACAUUACUGGAGUACAAACAAACUGUAUAAUAUAAUGUUUUGGUGAUCACAUAUGAGUCAAAAUAAAUUCCAAUUGUUACUGCGUUUUAUUCAUCUAGUUGAAAGCUCAAUACCAUCUUCCAACAGAUUAUAUAAGGUAUGACCGAUACUAAAUCAUUUCAAUAAUAUCAUGCACCAAAACUAUGUGCCAGAUAAAAAUAUGUGUACUGACAAAUCAAUGAUGAUGUGGCAUGAAAGAUUGUAUUUUCGCCAGUACAUAAAAAAUAAAAAACACAAAUACAGUGUCAAACUGUAUGAAUUAUGUGAAUCUGAUGGUGUUAUGAAAAUAACAAUUUACAGCAGAAAAUCUGAGGGAAUUGACAAUAAGAUUACUGUCAGUUCCCUCAGAUAGUCACACUACUGAUGAUGCCUUACACUUACUUGAGGACUAUCUCAAUAAGAGAUAUACAGUAUACAUAGAUAAUUAAUAUAAUUCUGUUGCUCUUACGAAAUUACUGACUACACGAAAAACUUUGUGUGUGGAACUCUAUGAAAUAACAAAGGGGGGAUCCCAGAGAUGUGGUAAAAAGGGGGAGUUUAUUUAGCAGCAAAAUGGUCCUGUUACUGUAUGUAAAUCGAAAGACAAAUGAGAAGUCCUUACCAUUUCAAACAUGCAUGUUGUUAAAAUGGUAGAGGUGUUCAAUUGCAAUGGAAAACGUUUGAUGAAACUGAAUAUAAUUCGAGAUUACAAUCAAGGAAUGUCUGGCAUUGACCAAUCAGAUCAAAUGCUAUUGUACUACACAGCUCUAAGAAAGACUAUUAGAUGGCCCAAAAAGGUUGCAUUACAUAUUAUAGAGAUAUAUAUACACAAUGCACACAACUUUUUCAAAAAGCAACUUCUUCUAAAAUAAAACUUAUAAAGUUUAGAGAAGCAUUUGUCAACACAUUGAUUGGAGAAGAGAUUCAACCAGUUUGAAAAAAAAAAUUAGAUUGCAAGAGCUUCAUUAUUUACAGAGUAUCCCACCUACCGAAAAAAAAAAACAGCAUCUGACAAAGCCAUGUUGAAAAUGUACCAAAGAUAAAAAAACACCGAGAAACGUGUUAUUUCUGUCUCUGUCCAGAGAAGCCAACCCUUUGUGUGAAAGAUUGCUUUAAAAAUUAUCACAAACAAUAAAAAAAUUCUUUUGCUUUUGAAUAAACUUUUUCUGAUUAUAUUUUCUGUUCAUUUAUUAAUAAAUGCUCUGUUCAUGUAAGCCAACCUUGAUUUUUUGUUCUUGCCCUGAGGCUAUCUACGAAUAUUUCACUGAUAUACUACAAAUUUCAUCGUAGCUGCACAAAUAUGGCAAGUAAAAAACUAUGAGAUAACUCGUAGGUGGUGUCCUAGGCAAUAAUGCAAACUACGAGUUGUAGUUGGCAGUCAACAUGUUAAACAUAAAGAUUGCUACAGAUGAUAGUUGUGAAAACACUAAUUUAA